GUUGGAGCUCCUGUCCCAAAUGCGCCGCUGAUGAUUCAAGGUCCACCUGGUCCACCGGGGUCUCCUGGACCCCCAGGAUUGCCUGGACAUGACGGCAGACCAGGUCCCAAAGGUGAACGAGGACUACCUGGUUUUGAUGGUGAGAGCAAGGUUGGACCAAAAGGAGACCAUGGGGAACCCGGCCGAGAUGGGAUCCCAGGACUUCGAGGACCGCCGGGCGAACGUGGGGAAAAGGGAGAACCUGGAAGCCCAGCUGCUGCUGUUUACGGUCGUCACAUCGCCCAUUCCCAUUCACAGCUUGUGCCCGGUCCUCAGGGGCCGCAAGGACCUCAAGGUGCACAAGGUCCGCCCGGAGUACCUGGACCACCAGGACAGCCCGCACCACCGGCAUUCUGCCCUCCUGGACCUCCUGGAAAACCGGGCACUGACGGUCGCAUGGGACCGCGAGGACCGCAGGGCGAAAAAGGAGAUAGAGGAGACCAAGGCGUCCCAGGACCACGUGGAGUGCCUGGCGCACCAGGCGGACCUACCGUAUCUGGAGCAAAGGUAAGCUAG